CUUCCACGGCUGACCAGCAUUGGCGUAGGCCCGAGGAUCUGCCCGUGGCUCCAGCUCCUGCUCCUGCUUCUGCUCCUGCCCGCCGUCCUGCUCCAGGCCCACGAUGCCCUUCCCGCAGCAGGAGCAACCACGUCGGCACAGCAGGCUGGGCUACCCCGUGGCGCUCCUGGUGGCGGCCAUGGCCCACACCACGCAACUCAUCGUAUUCCAGCCGCAGGACUUGACCGCCAGGACAACUCCACCGCAGCAACAGCAGCCACAUCUGAUGCAGAAGCCACAGAAACAACCGUCGAAACAGGAACAACCACUUCCAAGGACGAUGCUGAGCAGAUGCUGCCACAGAUUCCGUCGUAUAUCCGCACAACCGCCAUGUUCUUCUGCAUAGUCAUCAUGCUGCUGGGCGUGGUGGGCAACGUGAUGGUGCCCAUCGUGAUUGUGAAGACGAAGGAUAUGCGCAACUCGACGAACAUCUUCCUCACCAACCUGAGCAUCGCCGACCUGCUGGUGCUGCUCGUCUGCACGCCCACCGUCCUCGUGGAGGUCAACACCCGCCCGGAGACCUGGGUCCUGGGGCACGAGAUGUGCAAGGCGGUGCCGUUCGUGGAGCUGACUGUGGCCCAUGCCAGCGUGCUGACCAUCUUGGCCAUCUCGUUCGAGCGCUAUUACGCAAUCUGCGAGCCAUUAAAGGCCGGCUACGUCUGCACCAAGGGGCGGGCCAUCCUCAUCUGCGUCCUGGCCUGGGGCAUAGCUGCGCUCUUUACGAGCCCCAUCCUGUGGGUGGCCGAGUACAAGCUGGCCGAGUACAUUGAUGGAUCGUCGGUGGCCGUGUGCCUGACCCAGGCCAUCACCGACUGGACGCUGGCCUUCUUCCUGAUGACCAUCUCCGUGUUCUUCGUGGUGCCGUUCGUGACCCUGGUGGUGCUGUACGGCAUCAUCGCCAGGAACCUGGUCUCCAACCGGGCGGCCAUGCUGCGCGCCCGUCCCACGAAGCCGGAACUCAGUCUGAAGGCCCGCAAGCAGGUGGUCCUGAUGCUCGGCGCCGUCGUCCUGUCCUUCUUCGUCUGCCUGCUGCCCUUUCGCGUGCUCACCCUGUGGAUCAUCCUCAGCACGGACCAGACGCUCCACGAUCUGGGCCUGGUGCGCUACUACAGCCUGCUUUACUUCUGCCGGAUCAUGCUGUACCUCAACUCGGCCAUGAAUCCAAUCCUCUACAACCUGAUGUCGACGAAGUUCCGAAGGGGUUUCAAGCGGCUCUGCCAGGAUGCGGGGGCAUUACUGCUCGACCUGGUGACCCUGGGCAGGCGGAAGGAGAACGCUUCGCGGGGUCGCAGUGGCACCCUGUCCCUGGGCAUGGGUACCAACACGAACACGAAUACCAACUCCUCGAAUGCCACGGCAGCCACGAACUCCAGCAUCCUGUCGCGGAGCUCCAAUCGCAGGUGCAGCGAGGACAUCAGUCGCACCCGCCUGAAGAUCGAGAUGCAGAUGCCGUGUGGCAGUGAUCUGGAGGCCAUGGCCAUGCUGCAGCACUCCACUUUGGGCAGGGGAAUGGCCAGGAGAGUGAGUGAUAGCCGGCUCAUGGCGAUGGGGAACAAGCAUCCGCGUCGCCAGAAGCCGCAAAUAAGUUUUGAUGAGGAGGCUUUGCAGGGCAACGAACUAAAUGAAGGGCAAUUUCUGAAAAAAUGUAGGGAAGUUCUCCCUAGAAUCGAAGGAAUAGUUAAUCUGCCCGAGGAGGCGGGGCACUAUAAUCACCCCCCGGCAUGAAAAAUCGCCUGUAACCCGUUUACACACUCGCUUCACUUGGCUGGAAUGCUGAUCCUGAUUCCUGGCAGCACACAAAUCGCAUCCUGAACGCCUUUGGCAGGCAUAAUCGAUUUCAGUCAGCCGUUGACAGCUCCCGAUUCGAAGUUGGGCCUUCGCCUUGGACAUUUCCGUACAAAAAACAAUCAAUUUUUCGGGCUAUUAAACUCGAAUGAAUGUGCCAAAGAUAAAUAACAGCAACGGCAGCCCAACAGCACUACAACUACCACUACUGGUCAGAGUUUGGAGUCGUGAUGUGGAUGUAGCUGUGGACAUGGACAUCGACAUGGAUUGGGUGAGCCAUUAAGCGGCGGGCGUGCGAGGAGGACUGGGAAAUGGAAAUGGCUUAAUAUGCGUUUGGGUAACCCAUCGAGGCGGCGGAUAAACAUGAUUUAGGUGUAUUGAAAUAGUUCCGUAAGCCGGACCAAGGAAACCGGACAAAAUGGCCGCCAUUACACCGGAUGUCCGAAAAAACUGUUGCCUACUUGGCGGCGGCUCAAAUAAAAAGCUUAGCUCAACAUGCACACAAUGUUCACAUGUAAACACAGCUGUACAUACACCACACACACACUUAGCCCUAUAUUAAUAUUUAUAUUUAUACAAACAUAUUUAUACCUAUACAAAUACGUACUCUGCUUAUAAAUACAAGAAAACACACGUCCGCACACACGCACACACACACUCGAGAAGAGCAAAGAGUUUGUAAGUAAAUAAAUUUUUUAUGACAUCUCAUGACGGGUCAAAGGAAUCGGCUUUUUUCAACAUUAUCCUUCUGCGAGCAGCAGUGUAAUUCACAUAGUUAUAAGGAAAUCGGUCCAACGCCCCCGACCUCUGUAAAUAUAGCUUUAUAAUUUGUUUUCGUAGCCCCAUGACGUAGAUUUCGUUCGUUUUUGUACAGUAAUAAGUAGCUAGAACCCACACCAUCCUACGAGUAUGAUGAGUAUGAGUAUGAGCAGACGUUGCCGUUGCCGUUUCCGUUUCCGCUGUGUGAUUAAGUUGAGUGCUUCGCCCCCGAAACUUUUCCAGUAGUUAGCCGUUGAGUAGCUUUUAAAUAUUUGUUUGUUUCCUGCUCGCAGCGCGUUUAAACUUUGCAGACCCUGCAGACACGGCCAUUCCCUUUGUUUCAAACUAAUACGAGUAAUAUGAUUCUUGCAGUCCCAUCAUCGCCAUAUCCAGCUACAGCGUGGAGCCCUAUGGCGACGGAACCGACGCCCCCGUCUGCACCACCG